AUGAUGAACAGAGUCCUGGCUAUCUUGGCCGUGGCCUCUGCGGUCGCAGCGCAAGAGGCCAGUGUGUCGGCAUCCCUGGCACCUGCUGCAACAACUGUCUCACCAUCGGCAACUCUAUUCCCAUCCGAAACUGUCCAGUUGACUGAUGCGGUUCUCGCCAAUGUGGCUGACACCAUUCAGAAUGAGACCGUCUCCAGCAUGUUCACCUUUGCCAGCACCAACUCCUCUUCCCUAGCGAAGAGAAGCUUGCACCGGUGCAAGGUUAUGCCUGGUGAUUGGGCCUGGCCAAACGAUCUGAUCUGGGGCAUCUUCGAUCUUCUUCUUGGCAACCGUCUGGUAAAGACGACACCACUGGCAGCAUACUGUUACCCUGAGUGGCCCGAGUAUGAUGCGGCAAAAUGUUCCGCUAUCACCUCAGGAUGGAUCACUUCUGAUCUCCACAUGGCCGAUCCUGCUUCAAUCAUGCUGCCCCUGUACGAGGGCCGCACAUGCAUGCCCCCUGGCUUCAACUACACUGACACCUGUGAGAUUGGCGGGUAUCCCGCCUACGUGGUUAAUGUCACAAACGUAGCUCAGAUCCAGCUGGCUGUCAACUUCGCCAGAAAUCUGAACCUGCGCUUGGUUGUCAAGAACACCGGCCACGAUUUCAACGGCAAGGCAGCCGGUAAGGGUGCUCUGUCGAUCUGGACGCACUGGCUGAAGGACAAGGCCUUCUACCCCCAGUACAAGGCCGCCAAUGGCUACGUCGGCCCGGCUAUCAAGAUCGGCUCUGGCGUGCAGGUGUGGGAGGCGUAUGAAUACGCCAAGGCCAACGGCGUUACUGUCAUUGGUGGUGAAGCCAUCACUGUUGGCAUGGGAGGUGGUUAUACCGCCGGUGGUGGUCAUUCGCCCUUGAGCAGUCUUUACGGCAUGGCCGCGGACCAGGUCCUUGCGAUGGAGGUGGUACUUGCCGAUGGCCGUUUCAUCACGGCCACAUCCACGCAAAACUCGGAUGUUUUCUGGAUGCUCCGUGGUGGUGGCGGCAGCACCAUCGGCGUCGUCACUUCGCUGACAGUCAAGGCAUUGCCCAAGCUGCCGACAACAACGGUGACCUUUAACUUCACCAUCAAAGACGCCCCUAGCGCCGACGCCUUUUGGAAGGGUGUCGAGUCGUACUUGGACAACUUUGAGCGCUUUGUCGAUGCCGGUACCUACGGCUACUACUACCUCGGCGCAUCUGCCUUUCAGCUCGGUACCGAUUAUGCCGGGUCGACCGAUUACUAUUUCCGCAUGGAGUCGUUUGUUGCCCCCAACAUGACGGUUGACGAGACAAAGGCUCUGCUCGCUCCGUGGUUCGAUGUGCUGGACGCUCAGAACAUCACCUACACUCCGUGGUACAACCAUGCCGACAACUUCCACGACGUGUGGACGGUUGCCUUCCCUCAGGAAUAUGUUGGAACUGCCCUGGUCAAGACCGCCUCCCGUCUCAUGCCCCGAAGCGGCCUCUUUGUCGCUGGCUUCCACAUCACCGGCACCGGCAAAGCCGUCACCCCUCCCACCGAUACCUCCGUCCUCCCCGCCUGGCGUGACGCCCUCGCACACGUCAUCGUCGGCACCCAGUGGACAUCCGAUGCCAGCUGGGAAACAGUGAAGGACAAGUCUCUGUUCGUGACGAGCUGGAUGGACGUCCUGCGCGACAUUGCGCCUGACUCGGGCUCCUACAUGAGCGAGGGAGACCUGCUCGAGCCGAACCAGCAGGAGGCGUUCUACGGCGCCAACUAUGACCGCCUGUACAGCCUCAAGCAGCGGUAUGAUCCGUGGGGGUUGUUCUUUGCGCUGACGGCUGUCGGCGCCGAGGACUGGGAGGUCCAGGUUACGGAUCCUGUGCCUUAUUCGUGGAAUAAUAAUGGGCGGUUGUGUCCUGUUUCUUAG